CGCGCGGGAAAAAAAAAAAAAAAAAAAAAAAGACAGCUAAGAACACAGAAGGAAUAAUAUUCAUAAAUAAAAGAUUAACAAUACUAUUUUAAAACAUCUCCUGCAAAAUACUGCAAACAGCGUUCCCGACGGGUUGUGCGAAACUUGAAAAUGCAGCGGAGUAUAGCGUCGUUUUUCCAGCCAAAAGGAGGAAAGGAGAAAAUAGAGGCGAAAAAAACAGUCAAGAAAGACGAGGAGGCGAAAGACAAGAAAGAGCCCCUCAAAUCUCCCCUGAAGCCUCAGAAUGGAGUGCAGGAGUCCGAUUCACCGGUAAAAAGGAGUGUGAAGAGAUGUCGAGCGAUCCUAGACAGCGAGGACGAGGAGCCGGAAAGCAAGGACCAGCCCGGUGACAGAAAGGCCCAGGGGGACGCGUCCACUGCACAACCUGAAAAGAAACCGGAUCUCCCCGAAUCUCCGCCUCCCUCCAUGAAAACAGACCCCAGUUUCAGUGCGGAUUCCCCCAGUGAUCAGUCACCCGUCACUGAGGCUUCUGGGACAUCUCCGUCCGGCAUUCCCAAACGAAGGACUGCUCGGAAACAGUUUCCGAAGAGGAAGCUGGAGAGCUCAACAGAGGGGCAGAGCCAGUCCUCGGAGGAAGGAGAGUCAAAAGGGAGCGAGCCAAAGAGAGUGCGACGAGAGGAGGCGGACGCAGAAGCGACUGGGGAAGACAUGGAGGUCACGGGAGAAAGAUUACCCAAAAAUAAUACGGAGAUCGAAAAUGCCGACGUGGAAAGAGUACACAAGGAGGGGGAGGGUUCACCCAAACAGGAAGAGAAAGAGGCAACAUCGCCCGAACAGGAAGUGACAGUAGUAGUCAAGGUGAACCCGGAAGCGAAGAGCCCAGGGGUUAAAGGUAAAAAGUCGCCUAAACAGGAAGUGAGAAAAGCCAAAAUCAAAAAUUCGCCGAAACAGGAUGUGAAAAAAGCGAAGCAGGAGCCAGAAGAGGAAGUUAAAAGCCCAGAGGGAAACAGGAAGUUGGUGCUGUCCGAGGAGGAAGGGAAGGCGGAACCACCCAAGAAGAAACCAAUCAGCAGCUUCUUUGCGCCUAGAAAAGCCGCUGCCAAGUUAGAGAAGCCCGGUGACAAACCAGCCAAUCAGCUCCCGUCUCCUGAAGGAGGCAGCAGCAAGGAGACCAAACCAGCCAAUCAGCUCCCGUCUCCUGAAGGAGGCAGCAGCAAGGAGACCAAACCAGCCAAUCAGCUCCCGUCUCCUGAAGGAGGCAGCAGCAAGGAGACCAAACCAGCCAAUCAGCUCCCGUCUCCUGAAGGAGGCAGCAGCAAGGAGACCAAACCAGCCAAUCAGCUCCCGUCUCCUGAAGGAGGCAGCAGCAAGGAGACCAAACCAGCCAAUCAGCUCCUGUCUCCUGAAGGAGGCAGCAGCAAAGAGACCAAACCAGCCAGUUUUUUCGGCGGGUCAGCAAAGACUCCAGCUGCCCAGGAGACCGCCACAGAUUACAAUCCAUCAAAACAGAAGUACGAUCCUGUGAACGAUGCCUGCUGGAGCCACGGCCAGAGAGUUCCCUAUCUGGCUGUGUCCCGAACGUUUGAGAGAAUUGAAGAGGAGUCUGCCAGGCUGCGUAUUGUUGAGAUCCUCAGCAACCUGUUCCGCUCGAUAGUGGUUCUGACCCCUUCGGACCUGCUGCCCUGUCUGUACCUCUGUCUGAACCAGCUCGGACCCGCCUUCCUGGGCUUGGAGCUUGGGGUUGGCGAGACUGUGCUCAUGAAGGCUGUUGCCCAGGCAACCGGUCGUCAGCUGGACAGGAUCAAGGCGGAGUCUCAGGAGAAAGGCGAUCUGGGAUUGGUUGCCGAGAGUUCCCGUAGCAACCAGCGUAUGAUGUUUACUCCUCCUAAACUGAGUGCCGUGGGAGUUUUCAGCAAGCUGAGUGACAUUGCCAAAAUGACGGGGAACGCGUCCAUGAACAAGAAGAUUGAGAUCAUCAAAGGGCUGUUUGUGGCCUGUCGAUUCUCUGAAGCUCGCUACAUUGUGCGAUCCCUGGGCGGCAAACUGCGCAUUGGACUUGCGGAGCAAUCUGUACUGGCAGCUUUAGCACAGGCAGUCUGUCUGACACCUCCAGGACAAGAAUUCCCCCCCGCGGUGCUGGAUGCUGGAAAGGGAAUGACCAGCGAUUUUCGGAAAGCCUGGAUCGAUGAGAAAACCCUUCUCCUCAAGCAGACGUACUGUGAGCUGCCUAACUAUGAUGUCAUUGUGCCGGUUGUCCUAAAGGAAGGAAUUGAUGAACUUUCGAAACACUGCAAACUGACUCCAGGGGUGCCUCUGAAGCCCAUGCUGGCCCACCCUACGAAAGGAAUCGGGGAGGUCAUGAAGAGGUUCGAUGAAGCCGCUUUCACCUGUGAAUACAAAUACGAUGGAGAGAGAGCUCAGAUCCACGUUCUUGAGAAUGGAGAGAUUCACGUUUACAGUCGAAACCAAGAAAACAACACCAGCAAAUACCCUGAUAUCAUUGCCAGAAUACCAGAGGUAAAGAAGGAGAAUGUUCUAUCUUGUAUUAUUGAUGCGGAGGCUGUGGCUUGGGACAGGGAGAAGAGGCAGAUUCAGCCUUUUCAAGUGCUUACCACCCGCAAGAGAAAGGAUGUUGAUGCCUCGGAUAUCAAGGUUCAAGUCUGCGUGUACGCCUUCGAUCUGCUUUAUCUCAACGGAGAGUCCCUGGUCCGACAGCCCCUGUCUCGAAGGCGCUGGCUGCUCAGAGACUGUUUCGUUGAGAAGGAAGGGGAGUUUGUUUUCGCCUGCGCUAUCGAUUCCGACAACACUGACGCCAUUGCGGAAUUCCUGGAACAGUCGGUCAAAGACUCUUGUGAAGGGCUCAUGGUAAAAACGCUGGAAAAAGAUGCUACCUACGAGAUCGCAAAGAGAUCGCACAACUGGCUGAAGUUAAAGAAAGAUUACCUGGAUGGCGUUGGCGACACUUUGGACUUGGUUGUGAUUGGUGCGUUUCUGGGCAAAGGAAAGAGAGCAGGGACGUACGGAGGCUUCCUGUUGGCUUGCUAUGAUGACGAGAACGAGGAGUACCAGUCCAUCUGCAAGAUCGGAACAGGAUUCAAAGAUGAAGAUUUGGAGACGCAUUUCAACUUCCUCAAGGACCAUACCCUGCCGAAACCCCGCCCCUAUUACCGCGUGGACCAAUCUACAGCGCCGGACGUGUGGUUGGAUGCAGUCCAAGUGUGGGAGGUCAAGUGUGCUGACCUUUCACUGUCACCUGUUCACAAAGCAGCCAUGGGAUUGGUGGAUCCAGUUAAAGGCAUCUCGCUGCGCUUCCCAAGGUUCUUGAGAAUCAGAGAUGACAAGAAGCCAGAAGACGCCACCAAUGGCUCGCAGGUGGCAGAUUUGUACAGGAAACAGCAGCAGGUACAAAACCAGGGUUCUGAGAAGACUGACCAGGAGGAUUAUUACUGAGACAUCUGAGACCGUGCCAGCCAGCGUUUCCAUCUGCAAGGUGAAACCAGGCUCGGCAAGCAGGUUUACAAUUGGAAAAGCAGGAUUGGACCCCCGUCCCAGACUGGAGUUCAGAUUAAAAUGAAACAUUCCGAGGUGCUACCUAGGAAGGGUUAAAGAAACUAAUGACAGCUUAAAAAAAAAAAAUAAUAAUAAAAUCGUAGCGGUACUAAUGUGUUCAGAAAUGUUUUUAAAAGGCUUUCGCACCGAAACCCUGGUCCUGAACGUACAGCAGUUCUGCUGUAAAUACUUUUUGGUUUCUAAGUUGUGGUGCUCUUGAGUCUUAAAUAAAGGUUUGCUUUUUUUUUUUUUUUCUAAAAUUGUGUUUGUGGCUUUUUCGGUUGGCCCUGUGUGUUGUGGUUAUUUUGGACCUUCUGCAAACCUUCAGAUGUUAAUUAACAGCAGACAUUGGUGUUUUUUUUUUGGGGGGGGGGGGGUUGGGUCUUUUUGCAUGAUCAGC